AGCGUUUUUAGUCUUUUGGCAGCCAAAGAACGAAAUCACUUGUUUACGCAAGCGACAUCAUAAUAGGGUUUUUGCUCAAAACGCAGCAGCCGUUUCUUAUCGAGAGAGAGAGAGAGAGAGAGAGAGAGGGAGAGAGAGAAAACAAAAAUCAAAAAAACCCGCAGCAUUGGUUCUCUGAUUUAAAACUGCGUCCUCUGUUUCUUUUGCGCUCUUCGGUUUCUGAUUCCAUUGAGAGAGAGAGAGAGAGAGAGAGAGAGAGAGAGAUUGGAGAGAGAGAAAACAACAAAGAUUUCUGUUCCAUCUGUCUUCGUCAAUUUCGAGAACCCAACACAAAACCCAAUUGGAAAGAGAGAAGAGAACCGAGGGAUUAGCUUUUCUUCGCAAAUUGAAAAGACCCAAUUGAGAUUUCUCCCUAUUAAGUGGCAGAUUCUCAAUUUGAGUGCGUGCAUGUUGAAAAUAUGAGCCUGUGAUGGGGAGCGCGGAGCCGGCGCUGGUGCCUGAGUGGUACAGAGCAGGAAAAGGGGGUAAAGCUUCGAAUAAUGUUUCGGAUGGCAAUGGUGUUGGGCUUUCUGGAAGAAAAAGACUUCCUUUGAUUCCCUGUGAGCAAGAGUCUAAACAAAGCUCGAUUAGAAGUAGUUCAGGUGCACAGGCUUAUAGUAAUUUUGGGAGGAGAGAUAGGAAGAAGAAUCCCGAUACCUGUGAUAGAGAUAGAGAUAGAGAAAGUUCUCGUGAUUAUCGUGGCAGUCGAGAUUCCAUUAUAGGGAGUAGGACUGAUACAGAUCGGCGAUGGAGAAGCAACAGCGCUGGAGAGAUUUGGCCUAAAAAGCUUGAGAGUGAGUCUAAAAGUGGUGCCUUUGCUAGGGGUAAUGUGAAUAACGGUGGCAUUAAAAGGGGCUCUGCCUUUAAGAGAGAGUUUCCUACGCUUGCUUCUAUAGAAAAAAAGAGUGUUUUGGAGUCUGGGAGAGUCUCAACUGCCGUUCAGAGUGUGCCAAUACCUAAUUUGGUCACAGUUGGGGGUGAUAGAUGGACUUCGCCUUUGGCAGAAGUGCCUUCUGAAGUCGGAGAUAGUACAUUGGCUUCUCCUGUGAGUCCAUUGUCUUUAUCGAGGAGCAAUUCAGCUGGAUUGAACAUGGCAGAAGCAUUGAUUAAUGCAUCAUUCAGAGCUCAGAUUUCUCCCCAGUCGUCAAGCGGUACCUCUCGGGCUGAGGAGUUGGCCAUUAGGCAAAGCAAGCAACUUAUACCUGUGACAUCUUCAAUGCUUAAGACUUCUGGUCUCAACUCUUCAGAAAAAUCUAAAUUCAGAGGGCCCGUCUCUCCCGGUGCCAAUAAUGCUCCUCGUGCUCCUGCUUAUACUAAAUCUGACAUUCCUAAAUCGUCGCAAAUUGGAAAUCUUCAAGUCCUCUCUCGAGAGAAAACUGGGGUCAUCUCGCCUAGUGCUGCCAAAGAUUCCAGUAGCCAAGACAUUAGCCCAAAAAGCCCCAUCAAUUCAAACCCCAAGACUAAAAACAGGGAUAUGGGUAUGAGUUUAUUGCCUUUUGGAGAGAAAAGACCCCUCUCUCUAGCUAAAGCUAAGAAUCGAAAUGAUUUCUUCAAUUCCCUGAGGACCAAAUCAUCUGUCAUCAACAAUUCAAGUGCUGAUUCAAAUCCUGAGCCAAGUGAUUCUAUUGAGAAUUCUUUGUCAUUGGAGGAAAAUGCUAUGACUUGUGGUGAUGUUUCCAUCAUUGGUCAGGAUUCUGAAAAUGAAUCUGCUACUGAUAUUUCUGUGAUUAAUCUGGAGGAGACAAUUGUAUCUGAGUCUCCAAAAGACAUUGAAGGAAAUCAACAGUCACCCCCAGUUGAUAUCGAUGAAAAAGAUAAAGCCUUUAUGAAAUCUCUUGGAUGGAAGGAAGAUGCGAAGGAAGAAGCUCUGACAAAUGAAGAAAUUUCUGCUUUCAUAAAAAAGUAUAAGAAGCUGAAGCCACGCUCUUGUCGAUUCCAAGCUUUUAGUUUGUCUCCGAAGCAAACUAAGUUCUGAUUUUGCUGCUCAAUAGAGAACUUAGUAAGGUGAGAAGUAAGAGGCUUUGAGAGCUUUGAUGCUAAAAGAAAGUGAGAGAGUUAUUUUUGUUCCUCUUGCUAUUAAAAACAGUAGAUAGAAAUACAGAAUAAGGGAACCGAACUUUAUCGAUAAGGAGCUGAAUGGAAAAUUCUUUUUAAAAUUC